AUGAGCAGAGGAGGAUUCCGUGGCGGUAGAGGAGGCGGUGACAGAGGUGGUCGCGGUGGUUCUUUCGGUGGUGGUGGUUUCAGAGGUGGCCGUACUGGAUUCCAGGCACCUACUGGCCCUCCCGAUACAGUCCUAGAAAUGGGAAAGUUCAUGCACGCUUGUGAAGGGGAAAUUGUAUGCCAGUCAAUCAACACCAAGAUCCCCUACUUCAAUGCGCCAAUUUACCUCGAGAACAAGUCUGUUAUUGGUAAAGUCGAUGAGAUCCUCGGCCCUAUGAACCAGGUUUAUUUCACUAUCAAACCGCAAGAUGGCAUCGUCGCUACUUCUUUCAAAGAGGGCGACAAAUUCUACAUUGGCGGCGACAAGUUAUUGCCUUUGGACAGAUUCCUCCCUAAACCAAAAGCAGUCGGCCCCAGGGGCCCCAAGCCCGCUGGCGGACGCGGUGGCUCUCGAGGCGGCCGUGGAGCUCCCCGUGGUGGCCGUGGUGCACCUAGAGGCGGUAGCAGGGGCGGAUUUACUCCUCGCGGUGGACGCGGUGGUUUCACCCCUCGUGGUGGCUCACGAGGUGGCUCUGGCGGAUUCACUCCCAGAGGCGGAUCUCGUGGUGGAUUCACGCCCCGUGGAAGGGGUCGUGGAUCUUACUAA